AUGGCAAUUUUUAGUGAUCUUCUUGAGGAAAACAUGGAAGUCUUCAUGGAUGACUUCACAGCUUAUGGGGGGAGUUUUGAUCAUGGUCAAGCUGAAGUUUCAAAUAAAGAGGUGAAGGAUAUAUUGGAAAAGAUAGUAAAGCCUGCUAAGAAAGACUGGAGUCUAUAUUUGGAAGAAGCACUGUGGGCUUAUAGGACUGCAUACAAAUCACCGAUUGACAUGUCACUUUACCACUUGGUCUUCGGUAAAGCUUGCCAUCUGCCAGUAGAGUUGGAACACAAGGUAUAUUGGGCAGUCAAGCAGUGCAACAUAAACAUAGAGUCUUCUGAAAUGGAGAGGAAGUUACAACUGCAAGAGCUGGAGGAGCUUAGACUUGAAGCUUAUGAGAACUCCAAACUCUAUAAGGAGAAAACAAAGUUCAUGCAUGACCGGGGAAUCCUAUGGAAGAACUUCAAAGAGGGCAACCGAGUACUAUUGUAUAAGGCCUAG